UGUGUGUAUAUAUGAUGAUGAUGGUGCUAAUAUAUAUAUCACCAAGAGAGAUACCACCCAGCUGCCACUCUCUAACCUGUCUCACCAACUCACAUCUAGAAGCAAUUAGUUCCUCCCUCUCUCUCUCUCUCUCUCUCCAGAGUCAAAAGCUUAUAUAUAUAUACACACACACAUAUGUAUUGUAUGUAUGUAUAAGAAAUCACAUCAAGUCCUUAAAGGGCCGGUCUUGAUGCUGAAGAACCACUUCAUAUAAUCCAUCCACUGUCAAUAGUACUACUACUCAAAAGGCCAUCCAACAAAGGAGGUCAGACAAACAACAUUAAUACUACUCAACUGAUCAUCAAGGUUUGAGCCGAGCGUCAACUACUUUGCAGUUUUGUGAGAUUAAUUACAAAGGAAAGGAAUAAUGGGGAGGUCUCCUUGCUGUGAAAAAGCUCACACAAACAAAGGCGCUUGGACCAAAGAAGAAGACGAUCGUCUCAUCGCUUAUAUUCGCGCACACGGCGAGGGCUGCUGGCGCUCCCUCCCCAAGGCCGCCGGCCUCCUCCGCUGCGGCAAGAGCUGCCGCCUCCGCUGGAUCAAUUACUUGCGCCCUGACCUCAAACGUGGCAACUUCACCGAAGAAGAAGAUGAACUCAUUAUCAAACUCCACAGCCUUCUUGGCAACAAGUGGUCACUUAUAGCUGGAAGAUUGCCGGGAAGAACGGACAAUGAGAUCAAGAAUUACUGGAACACUCACAUCAGACGAAAGCUUUUGAGCCGGGGUAUUGAUCCAACCACUCACAGGCCAAUCAAUGAGCCCGCAGCAGCAGCAGCAGCAGCUUCACAGGAAUCCAUCAAAACCAUCUCUUUUUCUGCUGCUAAUUCAAAAGAAGAAGACGACGACCACGACGACAAAAACACAACUGGUGGUGGUGGGAGUUUGAUGAUCACCAAAGAAGAUCACAACAGCCCGGCUGCAGAGCGUUGCCCCGAUUUGAAUCUGGAGCUCCGAAUCAGCCCUCCUUACGGUCAGCAGCAGGAUCAUCAUCAUCAAGACCCACUCAGAACAGGUGGAAUCAGAGAUACUUCUAGCAGUAGUUCGUGCUUCGCCUGUAGCCUUGGGAUACAGAACAGCAAAGACUGCAGCUGCAGCAGCGGCCGUAGCAGUAAUCCAGGGUAUGAUUUUCUGGGGUUGAAGACCGGAGUUUUGGACUACAGAAGCGUGGAGAUGAAAUGAUAUCUUCAUCAGAAAUAUCAACUACUUCAUGAUCUGAGAUUAAUUAAGCUUUUCUUCUUUCUUUCUAAUCUGUAACAAUAUUAUUAAAGAUUAAUUCAUCAAGAAAUAGUAGAAAUUAUUAAUUAAUGUUAAAGAUAGAGGUAAUAUAUAUAUAUAUAUAUAUAAUUAAUUAGUUGAGAGAUCUUCCUCAUGAAGAA